UAUAAACUUACCUUAUUAGUAUUUUUUAAAGUGCGAGUGCUAUUUAAUUAUUAUAGAGAAGCGACUUAAUUAAUUGCCGAAAAAACAGAAUUAUAAGUAAAUAGCGAGUUUAUCAAUUGUGUUAUAUCAUUAAGUACAACGGUUCCCAUAUUUACUGCAAGUAAUAAAUUGCCACGGAUAGGUCCGUGUACUUGGAAAUUGGAUGGUGCGUACCUUAACCGGAAAAAUUAAAGGUGCACAAUGGAGUCAAAAGUCAUUUUAACAGAGAAGAAUCCUUUCGACAAAUCAAAUGUGCUAUCCAGAAUAUUUUUAACAUGGAGCUUCAGCUUAUUUCGAAAAGGGUAUAAGAAAGGGCUUACAAUCAAUGACCUAUGGCAAUCUCGGAAUGCAGAUGCUUCUGGCAAGCUAGGCGACCGCCUUGAAGAGGCCUGGCAGAAAGAACUAGAUAAUGCAAAGAAACAUGGCACAAAACCUUCUUUCUCGAGGGCCAUUAUUAGAUCCUUUUGGGUCGAGUACAUGGUGUGUGGACUGUUGCUUGGCCUUCUGUUGAUUGUUGUUUGGCCACUUAUCCCGUUCACCUUAGCCCUGUUUAUAGACUACUUUUCAAAUGAGAAAACACCAGAAACGUAUAGACAGGCUCAUAUCUACAACUUCUUGAUGAACUUGUUCAGUACUUUGUCAGCGCUGAUGCUGAAUCAUUCUCAGUUGGCGCAAGGAAGGGUGGGCAUGAGAGUCCGGAUAGCUUGCUGUUCUUUACUCUAUAGAAAGAUACUAAAACUGAACCAUGCAGGUUUAGGCAACACGGAGCCUGGCCAAGUGAUCAACUUGAUGUCAAACGACGUGAAUCGAUUCGACUUGGUGACGAUAUUCUUGCACUACAUAUGGAUAACACCCAUUGUGGCUACUUUAGUCUGUUACCUGGUGUGGCAACAUGUGGGCAUCGCGACCCUCGCUGCUUUACUGGUUGUGGCUAUACAAAGUGCUAUUGUACAAGUGUACUUGAGCAAUCUCCAAGGAAAGCUUCGUGCAAAGAUAGCGAGUAGGACAGAUCAACGAGUGAAGGUAAUGAGUGAACUCGUUGGAGGUGUUCAGGUCAUCAAAAUGUAUGCUUGGGAGAAACCUUUUGAAAAGCUAGUGGAUCAAUUGCGAAAACACGAGGUCAGCUACGUUUUGAAAACGUCUUUCAUAAAAGGGUUCUCAACGGCUCUAGCGGUAUUCUCUGAGAGAUUUACUCUUUUCUCUGCGAUUGCCACUUUUGUCCUCAUUGGCGGAGAUAUUCGGUCACAAACCACCUUCUCACUAGUCCAGUACUUCAACCUGCUGCAAAUGGUUUGCAACAUAUCUUUGCCGAUGGGACUUGCGUUCUUGGCUGAAACUAAAGUGUCCAUCAGACGGUUAGAGGAAUUUUUGAUGCUAGAAGAAAAUGCGCCAGAAAAACCCACAGCAAAAAUGUUACUGGAUUCCGAUUCCAUAUUAGCUAACGGCGGAGAGAAGGAAAAGAAAGUUCCAGAAAAAACCAGAGUGACUAGUCUGGCGAUUUCCAACGUCACUGCCACGUGGCAAGCUGACUCUGUAGUGGAUUCUUUGAGGAAUAUCACGUUGACAGUUGCCCCUGGAGAAUUCAUCGGCGUCGCUGGACCCGUUGGAUCCGGAAAAUCAUCUCUACUCCAAUUAAUUCUGGGCGAGCUGGUGCCCAAAGAAGGAACAUUGAACCUGGGUGGAGCUCGCGUGUCGUACGCCAGUCAGGAACCAUGGCUGUUUGUGGCAACCGUCAGGGAAAAUAUUCUCUUCGGCUUGCCUUAUGAUCGCAUCAGGUAUAAGAAGGUGGUAAGAGCCUGUGCCUUAGUGCGGGACUUCGAACUCCUUCCUCACGGAGACUCCACGCUAGUGGGCGAGAGGGGUAUCAGUCUGAGCGGAGGCCAAAGGGCUAGGAUUGGACUCGCACGCGCCUGCUAUCGACAGGCUGAUAUCUAUCUCCUGGACGAUCCUCUAUCAGCAGUAGACACGCAUGUAGGCAAGCACAUGGUCUCCGAAUGUGUGAUGGGUCUUCUAGAGAAGUCCACCAGAAUUCUUGUGACCCACCAACUUCAUCACCUCAAAAAUGCGGAUAAAGUCGUCAUAUUGUCACAUGGUCAAGUAGAAAUCCAAGGUUCAUUUGAUGAAGUGUCACGGACACCAUUAUUUGCCGAACUCUUGCAUGAUGAAGAGGAAGCUGACAACGCUUCAGCAAAACACAUCAAAACACAGCGCAGCAUUUCUGUCAGAUCACAAACUAGCAGUCUGGCUCCUGGUGAAGAAUUUGAAUUCUCUUUGGAAGAUCAGAUUGAAGUUGAAGAGGUUACUGGGACGGGUCGCGUAUCAGGCGCAGUGUAUGGAAAAUACUUCACGACGGGUGGCGGCUGGUUCCUGCUCAGCACUACUGUCAUGGCCAUCAUCGCUGCUCAGGCUGUUACUUCCUUCAGCGAUUUGUGGCUUACUCACUGGAUGAACGCCGUAGAAUCUCAAUACAAUAACAACGAACCGUUGUUUGCUCGAUCAAACUUCUCAACCACCUCAACAGCCUCACCAAUGAAUGUUACCGAAUAUUCAGUUCCUGAAGAUCCUAUAACAACUACUCUUAGUACCGUUACAGCAUCACUUCUGAAUGAUACAGUAGACAUGUUGCUUAAUGUCAAUGUAACUGAUACUGUAAUUGCUCCUGAAAAAGUAGAUGAUGUGUUUUAUAUUUAUAUUUGGGCUGCUGCGAUCUUUGGAUGUAUUGUUGCUACUACUGGCAGAGCUAUAAUGUUCCUCUGGGUAUGCAUGCGCAGUUCAGUGAAGCUUCACAACCAGAUGUUCAGUAACAUCCUGACUGCCACCAUGAGGUUCUUCGACACAAACCCUUCAGGCCGCAUCCUUAACAGGUUCUCCAAAGAUAUGGGCGUGGUGGAUGAAAUACUGCCUAGAAUGUAUUUGGAUACUAUUCAGGUGUUCAUGGUGAUGACCGGUAUUCUAGUCCUAGUGGCUAUUGUGAACCCCUUCAUGUUGUUAACCACCGCCGUCUGCGCAAUCUUCAUGUAUCUGAUGACCAUCGUUUAUCUAAGUACCGCACAGGCUAUCAAGAGAGUGGAAGGAGUAUCCCGUAGCCCAGUGUUCUCUCACGUGACGGCCACCAUGUCCGGCCUCACCACGGUACGAGCGUGUCAGGCAGAAGAGCAGCUCAAAGUGCAGUUCGAUGCCAAGCAAGAUGUACAUACUGCUGCUUGGUAUCUAGUUCUCGUCACCAACGCCGCCUUCUCCAUCUGGUUAAGUCUUAUCUGCAGUUCAUACGUCAUUGUCGUGGCUUAUACCUUCUUGUUAACGGAUGAUGGUCAAACGCAGUCUGGAAAUGUUGGUUUAGCCAUCAGUCAAGGUCUGAUUCUAGUCAACAUGGUACAAUACGGAGUAAAGCAAGCAACCGAAGUAGUUUCCCAAAUGACUUGUGUCGAAAGGGUGAUACAGUUCACAUCACUGCCUCAGGAGAAAACUGAAGGGCUCAGCCCACCUGCCAACUGGCCGCAGAAGGCCAAAGUGGUAUUUAAGGACCUCACCCUUAGAUACGAUAAAGAUGCCGACCCAGUGCUUAGGAAACUGAAUAUUGAAAUUGAGAGUGGAUGGAAAGUUGGAGUAGUAGGACGUACUGGAGCUGGUAAAUCUUCACUGAUCUCCGCGCUGUUCCGUUUGGCGCCAAUCGAAGGCAACGUUUACAUAGAUAAUGUCGAAACUGGAAGGAUCGCUCUCAAAGAGUUGCGUUCUAAGAUUGCUAUCAUUCCUCAAGAGCCAGUGUUGUUCUCAGCCAGUUUACGCUACAACAUGGAUCCUUUCGAUAAAUACUCUGAUAUCGAGAUCUGGCAAGCAUUGGAACAGGUGGAACUAAAGAACAGCGUGACAUCUCUCUCUUCCGCGGUGGCGUCGGGAGGCAGCAACUUCAGCGCGGGACAGAGACAGCUGCUGUGCCUCGCGCGGGCCGCGCUGGCGCGGAACAAGCUGCUCGUGCUCGACGAGGCUACUGCUAAUGUUGAUCCUACUACUGAUGCUCUAAUCCAAAAGUCAAUCCGUAAACACUUCGCGGACUGCACGGUGAUCACUGUCGCCCACAGACUGCAUACAGUCGCCGAUUCUGACAGAGUUGUUGUAAUGGAAGCCGGUCAGAUCAUCGAGUGUGGUCAUCCAUACGAGUUACUACAAGAUGACGAUGGGCCAUUCUCCAAGAUGGUCAAACAGUUGGGACCAGCCUCAGAACAGAGUCUCCGAGACAUUGCCAGAACUGCUUACUCGGUGCAUAACUUGAAAAAUGCUAUGACACCAUAGACAGUAUCACGGAUAUAGGAAAUUGUGAACUAAAUUGUAGUGGUAAUGAAUAGGACCAGUGAAAGGACCAGACGGCUCAAAAGACAUGGUCUUUUUAGCACUUUGAUAUAUAUGGUCUUUUAAUACCAUAAAGAAAUACUAGGUACAGAUGCCAGUACAACAAGCUAACCUGCUUUACUAUUAAAAUAAAUCUCAAUUAACAUUGAACCUUAUGUUUUAAAGAUAAAGUUGAAAGUCCAUUAGAAAUUGAUAGAUAUAAUAGCUAGCUAAUAUUGUAGCUAGAUGUGCUGGCUUCUGUACAUACAUUCGUACAUAUGAAUAAUUAAGGGAUCAAAUCCUGAUGAUACCGUGAAUACUUUAAAUUGUAAUCCUUGCCACUAACUUAAAGUUAGCAUCAUAAUAAUGUUUUUGUUAUCAAAAACUGAUGUGAAUUUUGUGCAUGUUUGUAUUUAUAAUUUUAGAAUGCAAGCAACGUGCCAUGAACGUAGAUAUUUAGAAUAAGUAAGCCUUACCAUAUAAUGGUUAAGCUAUUGAACCAAUGGGCAUAGCGGCAUAGCCAAAGUUAGGAUUAAUAGUUUUUUAGGAGUUAAAAAAAAAUCAUCGUUACUACUUAAUUAUUUUUUAUGAUCCUCUAGCUAGUAAGUAGGUACUUAUAAAUAUUCCAUAGAUUAUGCACUUUUUACUGCAAUUAUAAAAGUAUUAUUUUGGUAAUCUUCUUUUAUCAGUAAUGUUAAUAAUAAGUUAUUAUAAGAUUUUAUGAAAAUAAAUAAAAUUAGUAUAAUUAGGUACUUAAAAGACAGCACAUAUUAAACACUAAAAUGCAUUUAAAUAUUUAUUCUUUUGAUUAUUAUGUAUAAUUAAUUAAAUCCGAAUUACCAUUUGAA